AUGCCUCUGCUUAAGAAGAUAAGCGGAUAUGUUAACCAUCGCAACCUUAGAGUCCGAGCUAAAUCAGUUGUUUCCGUUUCAAACUCUGUUUCCACAAUGGGUGUGGAAGAAAUGAAAGAGUUCGGGUUCAUUACAAUGCUUCAACUUGCUGCAGAUUUGUUGAACGAUAGACUCCCCGAGGCCAGAGAAGCAGCAAGAAACAUCGUGUUUUCGGUAUACAAGGUGGCAUUUAAUGAGGACGGAGUCCAGAAUCCAAAGGCUUGGCAAAGCUUUUGCCUGACCAGCUUGUCACCCAUUCAGGCUCAGUGUAUGAUCAAAGUUAUCUCUUCUUAGUAUGGUUUUAGAGCAAGGCUUUUAGCAGCAGCUCACCAGGUUGUGGUAGAGCUUAGGGUUCAUGAAGAUGCUUUCUUUACAUG